UACCUCGACAAGUCUUUCGUGUAGCGUAGCACGCUUCUGUAAUCGGACAUCAUUCGAUGAACAAUAUUUUCUGUGGAUGGUUGGUUGCUUGAGCUCAUAUUGCGGCCCAGUGGUAAGGUCAUGCCGCAAUACAUUUUCUUUUCACAGAGAUCCUGAAUCAAAUCAAAGCAUCGACUACUCCGUUUUCGUUAUGAAUACAACUAUUUUCGUCGGUGACUGUCAGAAUAAACAGUGUGCUCCAACCAGUAUGCUACUACACUUGACAGGAAUAUCGCCGGUCAUAUUGUGCAUCGCGUGGGAGUGAACACUUAGCAGCCAUUACAGUCGGUGCCGCAGUAUCUGCUGAUCAGUGAGAGAAUCAGCUACUCUGUAUAGCAAUCAGCGUGAGUCUUCAAAGGGAUUGAAUAAUGACAAAAGAACUCUGCUGAAGCGGAUGACAAAUGCAUGAGUAUUAGUAUUUUAAUGCAAUUUUGUUGUGCACAAAUAGCUACUCCUUAAUUUGUGCCCAGCACAAGCCUAGAAAAACAUGCGGCUCCGGAGACAAAGUCAAGCUGCCCUCUGGUGUGCACUUCGUCUCCUUUUGAGUAUCAUUUAUGUCAAUGUCUGUGUGACUUUAGCGGAAUGGCAAGGAGAUCUGUCAGCCUAUGAGCUAGCCAGCUUCAAUAAUCCUGAUCAAGAAGAUGUACCCCGUGCCCAGUCGUUCAACCAUUUUGCCUUGAGUGAUCAUGGUGAUGUCUAUGUUGGAGCUGUCAAUUGGUUGUACAGGUUGAAUAGUAGGUUGGAACAGAUACAGAAUGCUUCAACGUGUGAUGACAGUAUGCCUUACAAUGGGAUACCGUGUCGUCGUACAAAUAACUACAACAAGAUACUGGUCAUUGACAGUACUCGGCCAAACAGUCUGAUCACCUGCGGUGGUGUGUAUGAUGGUAUAUGUCAGUUACGACAGUUACACGAUAUAGGAGUUGCAGUGACAGAAACAUAUUUUAGUGUCGCAGGUUUCGAGGAUGCAACAACUGUUAGUUUGAUCUCUCCAGGAAGGUACGGGCAAGAAAUGCUCUAUGUCGCUGCUACCUACACGGGGGAAAAUUUGCUGUUUAUAUUUGCAGCGAUCAUAACAAGACGAACCCUUAAAAUUGACGAUAUUUUCGAAUUACAGUUGAACAGUGAUGCUAUCCUUUUCAAUAAUCGUGCAUUAAACGGAGACUUUACAGUUACUUAUGUUGCAGCAUUUGCGUACACUGGAUUCACAUACUUUGUUGCCUCUCAGAAAGAAGAUUUGAGGUAUGUCCACUACGUUUCUAAACUUAGCAGAGUAUGUCAGAGUGGCUUUAAUCUAGAUGCAUACACUGAAAUCACCAUCCAUUGCAAUGGAUCAGAUGGUAGUGGGUACAGCUUGGUGCAAGCGGCUCACUUUGGACCAGCAGGACCUGAUCUAGCGGCAUCAUUGGGUCUUCAUGCAGACGAGCAGGUACUGUAUGCUGUGUUUGCCAAGAACCAAGGAGCUCCGGGUACCAGUGAUGUACCUACCGACCAUUCAGCAUUGUGUGUGUACAGGAUGACAGAUAUCUUGGCUGGCUUCAAAGAAGCAGUACGGGGCUGUAUUCAGGAUGGUGCAGCAUACUCUGUAGGCUACUUGGAUGGUUCUUUCUGCAGAACAUUAUCGGGAAUUUCGCCAGACGAAUUUUUGUGUGAUCCUGUUGCUGAUGGCACAAUUCAGCUGUACAAAUAUGCCAAAGGGACCACUCCUGUCUCAUCUGCAGCCUUGCUGGAAGUACCAGGUUCCUUGAUGUCAUCCAUCAUUACCAGCGUUGAACUCAACCACACUGUGGCAUUCAUUGGAACAUCAAGGGGAAAGCUUUUGAAAGUCCACAUUAAAAGUAACGCAACAGCCAGAAUGUAUGAGAGAGUGCCUCUAGAUACCAGCCCAGUACUGACAGAUGUCAAGAUAAACGACGCAACAAGAGAGAUGCAUUUACUCACUGAACAAAAGUUAAUCAAGAUGCGUGCCGAGAACUGUGAUCAGUACAUAACCUGUGAGACGUGUAUUGGAACUGAUGCAGGGAAUGAUGGAGACCCAUACUGUGGAUGGUGUACUCUAGAAAGAAAAUGUUCAAGAUACUCCGACUGUGACUCCCCGACUGUGUCUACUCGCUGGUUGGCCUACAAUGCUGCUCAGUGCAUUAAUAUCACCGAUGUAGCUCCUUAUGACAGCCUGCCUAUCACUGUCACAGAACAACAGAUCGUGUUAAGUGUACAACAGCUCCCUGCCCUAGCGACUGGCCAGAGUUAUGAAUGUUACUUCGGGCCAUACCGAUCUCCUGCUACAAAGACCGGUGAUAUGCUUACGUGUAGAUCUCCACCUAGUGAUGGGAUACCUGCCAUUCAGCAAGGUGAUGAUGCUGUCGGUGUUGAUCUUAGUGUGUUUUCAACGGAAACAAUGGUUCGUUUCAUCGAUAUCAAGUUUCACUUUUACAGCUGUUCAGUUCAUGCCUCUUGCAUAUCCUGUGUUGCUAGUCGCUGGGCCUGUGACUGGUGUGUAUUUGACAACAAAUGUACUCAUGAAAGCUCCACCUGUACUGAGGCAAAUGAAAUCAUCCUUAUUGGAAAAAAUAAUCCAGUCUCAACUACACCAAAGGGACCUGGAUCAUGUCCACAGCUGCAAGCUCAAAGUGGUGAAGUUCUUCUGCCUAAUGGAAUCCAGAGGAGUAUUACAGUCAGGACUGAAAAUCUGCCAGAUCCAGCUCAGAUUUCUAGCUAUAGGUGCAUCUUAGAGGUUGAGGGGAUGCUUCAAAAAGCAGAUGCAGAACAUCAAGGAAGUAGCAUCACAUGCGAGCAGAAAGCUUACACGUAUUUAGCUAACAAUAAGCCAGAGCUCGAAGUGAGGUUGACUGUUACUUGGACUGACAAGACUGGUGCAGCACAUAUCCUUGAUGACGUAUAUGGGUUCAACGUAACUAUCUAUAAAUGUGAAGUCCAGAAACCGGACUGCAGCCGAUGUGUUACAGCCCGCCCAGAGCUUGGAUGUCUAUGGUGCGAUUCCAUGCCAGCCUUGAGUGUUUGCAAACUGAAUGAAACUUGCACUGGAAAUGUAGUGACUUCGUUUAAUGGAGUGAACUGCCCAGAUCCAGUGCUCAGUGAGGUGUUUCCGCUGGCUGGACCGAUUGAAGGCAGUACAGUCCUUACAGUAAUAGGCACUGAUAUCGGUCGACGAUUUGGUGACGUCAUGGCAGUGAUGGUUGGUAGUCAACCCUGUGAUCUGGAUGGAUUAAGCUCCGAUUAUGUAAUUGGAGGAAGUGUUAGUUGCAGAACAAAACCAGAACGUGAAGGAAGUCAGUCUGUCACUUUGACAAUCACGGGGGCAGAUGGUACACUGCAGCACAGCUCUGGAGUUGUCAACUUUAAGUUCACAAAUCCAAGGAUUACAUCAUUUGAACCUCGCCUUGGCCCAGAAGCUGGUUGGACUGCAGUAAGCGUGUAUGGCACAGACCUCAACACAGGACGAAAUAUUGCGGCGUUCAUAGGAGAAAAGCCAUGCAUCAUAUCAUCUGUCCCAAGAGAAGAGGUUUUAGAGUGUACUUCAUCCGACGGACAGGCUGGAAUGCAGAGUAACUUAAGAAUUUCCUUCGAUGGUGCGAACAGAGCAUCAGAUGAGAAGUUUAGUUACACAGAAAACCCUGUCAUCACACGGGUUCAGCCACUCAAGAGCAUUUAUUCGGGUGGUCGGACGUUAAACGUGAAUGGACAACACCUGGAUACCUGUCGAAAUCGUCAGAUUUACGUUGGGAACAGUCAUUUGACAUAUCGAGGGAAAUGCACAGGAGAUUCCCCCACAGAGAUGCAGUGCAAGUCUCCAAACAUAACAUCACUCCGAAUGAUGAUGGAGAGUGACGAAAACCUGACCUUUGGCUUCAUCAUGGACGGGGUCAUCGAACUAUUGGCAUGGUCUGAGAACAAUGAGGUCGAGCUGGAGUACUUUGAAGAUCCAGUGUAUGUCCCAUUUGAGAAUGGAGAGAUGGAGAAAGAUGGAUCAACACUGACAAUCAUGGGUGAAAGGCUGGAUAGUGCGAUCACAGCCAAAGAAAUACAAGUUAGGAUUGGAAAAGACUUCUGUGAAGUCAACCUGGUCAGUGAUACCGUCUUACAGUGCACUUUACCAAAGAAUGAACCGGCUGCUGGGGACUUCAGAGGUGGAAACGUGGAGGAAGGCCUACCUGUGGUCUGGGUACUACACAAUAACUUGGAGUUCGUUUUGGGGAGACUGAUCUAUCCCCGUUCCGUUCCCGUUGCUGCCACUGUAGCAGGUGUGCUUGUCUCUUUCUCCGUUGUUACACUCCUUGUCGCAGUUCUCAGUUAUUUGAGGCAGUUACACCGAAAACGCACCCAUGACCAACGACUCCUGAACCGAAUCAUGGAGGUCCAUCUCGAGAUGUCAUCUAACGUCAAGAGGCGCUGGUGGCAGAGAGUCCAGAAACAGAUGGACGAAGCGCCCACACAAACGCGCAUUGUUCUGAGAAACAAAGUCAGCUAUGUGCCCGACGAACUUCACAUUGAGUUUCGCCAACUGGAAUUGGGAAAGACACUUGGACAAGGAGCCUUUGGACGCGUACUGCAAGCUGUUCUGCACAGUGAGGCAGGAGAUCAAAUUGUUGCAGUGAAAACAGUGCAAGGUUAG